GAAACGGUGCAUGACAAAUUCUGUCUUUGAGUGUCCAAGAGGAAGUACAGUAUGCAAACUACCUGUUCCGCAAUUUUGACCACUCUACGCACAAUUCAGGAACAAGCUAGGGGAUUCGGACGGGGAAACCACGACGCUAAACUAUCUCAGAAUGGUUCAACUUCUUCCCCUAUUUUGCCUCACGACUAUUGCCCUCUGUGGUCACGUGGAUGCCAUGCCUAAGGCAGUGACGCAGCUCGGCGUCAUGAUCACCAAGGUGACGGGCAGACCUCCAUGGAAGUACUGGAACUACGGCUGCUGGUGUGGUAAGGGCGGCCAGGGCCCCGCGGUGGACGAUACAGACAGUUGCUGUCGAACGCAUGACUUUUGUUACGAAGACCUUGGAAAACCUCCAUGCAAGUGGACGUUCAAGCAAUACGUCACGUCCUACAAGUACACCAUCGAUGGCAAAACCGUCACGUGCGGUGACCAGAAGGGAACGUGCAAAAGGACUCUAUGUGAAUGUGACAAGGCUUUGGUCAACUGUUUCACCAGGAGUCCAUACGUGGAGAAACACGAUCAUAUGGACCAAACAAUCUGCAAGAAGGGCAACUCUACAGAAGUGAUGGAUGCUGAUCUUCCCUGGUCUUUCCAAUGAGCCGUUGGUGCGAGGAUCGCCCGUGUAAAAUUCCGUACUCUGGUUACUUUCAGUGGAGUAGUCGUAGUCAGCUACCUAGCUGCUUAGAUACAGAAAUAUACACACACACAAACACACACACACACACACACGCGCGCGCGCGCGCAAUACUGUUUUUUUUGGCUGUAGAGCACUAAGAAUUAUUUAUGUUGUUCUACGUCGUAUGGACAUGCAGGAAUGUAUAUGGCAUUAUUGACAUCAAAGUUUGAGGUAAAAUCUUUUUUUGUUAAAACGUAGGGGCAACACAUAUGUGAUACAUAUGAUUUUCUGUAUUCUGCUGUCAUAACUUGUAACACGGGAGUACAUAUUACAUGCACGUUCCAAUGUAUACAGGCUAUGGUCGUGUUUUGAGGAAGUAAUUCAAUGGAGUAACAGAUGUUUUUGAAGGGUAGGACGGCGGAUGAACAUGUACUUCAACAAUUCAGGAACCACAAAAGUGUCAAAAUGUGGGCGAGGCAAUCUGAAGUAUUGCUAACAAAUUGGACCAAAACAUAUUAUGAUUCUCUACAUACAACCAUAGCUCGUAUUAAGAGAAAAA